GCUUAGGUGAAGUGUUGUUUUCGCCCCUUCACGUUCGUCACGGUUCACAACCUUAUUUGGCGCGGCGCAACUUCAAGCGUUCAGGAACAUGGACUGUCAGACUUGCCAGAAGCACCUGGCAGAAGUCCUACGCGCAGAACGGCCGCGACGACUCCUGGAGGCUAUCCAGCAGGGGCUUUCCGGGAAGGCCAAAGGCGGUGGUGAUGGCAAGGAGGAGGGGACAGAGCCCGUGCUAGAGCCUGGGGGACUUAGGCUGGUGUGUCAAACCUGUCCAAGACAAGGCCCUGCGGCCGCCGCCCGUGCGUACUUGGAGGCACCUCCACCCGGCGUAGUGCUGUGCGCCAACCGGCUUGGCUCCCGACGAGAAGUGGAGGAGGCGGUCGUGCAUGAGCUGGUUCACGCGUACGACUACCUUGUGGCCGGCGUUGAGCUGCUUGAUUGUCAGGCGUUGGCCUACAGCGAGGUUCGGGCGGCCCGAGCCGCUGAAUGCUCCAAGACUUCCCGGUCCCUCGUGUGCAGCUACUUCAGAAAGAAUUGCGCUCGGUCUACGGCAGUAAGGAGCACUGAGGGUCUCUUUCCCGGGAAAGGAGCCGGCUGUGUCGACGCCGUGUUCAACGCAGCAUACCAAGAUCAACGACCGCAUGACGAUGGUGGUCGAUGA